GGGAAAGGCCUAAGGCUCCUGGUGGUGGCCCCUCCUGCCACCCCUCCACCUCAACUCUGACAUGGCCCACUGAAGGGAAGGGCAACAGGCAAGGAGGGGAGGAACUGAUCUUUCCAAAAGAUCCAGGCUAACUGGGCUCUGAGGAGGGGCCCACACUCUCAGCAGAAGCAACUCCUGAGCCUUCCCCUGUCACUGCAGGGCCAGCAGGCUGAAGUUUUAAGAGGUCCAAUUGCUCCCAGAAACUGAGCUGAGUGUGCAGUCAUCCCUUAGCCGUGUGGAGGGACAGAAGGGUCAAGGUGAGAGACACCUUUGCAGAGUUCUUGGUGGAGAACGGGAAGGCAGCCGUGUCAGCCUCACAGACUUCUAGAACCUGAGAAGAGGCUCAGAUCCCGGGGCAGAGUCCAGGGCUGCCGAAGGCUCCUCCACACGCCUGCUGAACCCUGAGCGCCCUGUGCUGCCGGCAUGGGGCGGGCUGAGGCCGCCGCCAUGAUCCCAGGCCUGGCCCUUCUCUGGGUAGCAGGGCUGGGGGAUGCUGCCCCUAACCUUCCCCGCCUUCGGCUCUCCUUUCAAGAACUACAGGCCCAGCAUGGCAUCCGAACCUUCAGGCUGGAGCGGACCUGCUGUUAUGAAGCCUUGCUGGUGGAUGAGGAGCGGGGGCGCCUGUUUGUGGGUGCUGAGAACCACGUGGCUUCCCUCAGCCUGGACAACAUCAGCAAGCGAGCCAAGAAGCUGGCCUGGCCCGCCCCUGUGGAAUGGCGUGAAGAAUGCAACUGGGCAGGGAAGGACAUUGGUACGGAGUGCAUGAACUUCGUGAAGCUGUUGCAUGCCUACAACCACACCCACCUGCUGGCCUGCGGCACAGGGGCCUUCCACCCCACCUGUGCAUUUGUGGAGGUGGGCCACCGGCUGGAGGAACCCAUGCUCCGCCUGGACCUGAGGAAGCUCGAGGAUGGCAAGGGAAAGAGUCCAUAUGACCCAAGGCACCGGGCUGCCUCGGUGCUGGUGGGGGAAGAGCUGUAUUCCGGGGUGGCGGCGGACCUUAUGGGCCGGGACUUUACCAUCUUUCGAAGCUUGGGUCAGAAUCCGAGUCUCCGAACAGAGCCCCAUGAUUCCCGCUGGCUCAAUGAACCCAAGUUUGUCAAGGUCUUUUGGAUCCCAGAGAGCGAGAACCCUGAUGACGAUAAAAUCUAUUUCUUCUUCCGUGAGUCCGCAGUGGAAGCGGCACCAGCAAUGGGGCGCAUGACUGUGUCUCGUGUUGGUCAGAUCUGCCGGAAUGACCUGGGUGGCCAGCGGAGCUUGGUCAACAAGUGGACCACAUUUCUGAAGGCGCGGCUUGUAUGCUCAGUACCUGGAGUUGAGGGUGACACCCACUUUGACCAACUUCAGGAUGUUUUCCUUUUGUCCUCCCGAGACCGCCAGACACCUUUUCUCUAUGCUGUCUUCUCCACCUCCAGUGGCAUCUUCCAGGGCUCUGCUGUGUGCGUGUACAGCAUGAACGACGUGCGCCGAGCCUUCUUGGGACCUUUUGCUCACAAAGAGGGGCCUACACAUCAGUGGGUGUCCUACCAGGGUCGGGUACCCUACCCAAGACCUGGCAUGUGCCCCAGCAAGACCUUUGGCACCUUCAGCUCCACCAAGGACUUCCCAGAUGAUGUUAUCCAGUUUGCUCGGAACCACCCCCUCAUGUACAACUCAGUCCUGCCCAUGGGGGGGCGCCCUCUCUUCCUACAAGUGGGAGCUGGGUACACCUUCACCCAGAUCGCUGCAGACCGGGUAGCAGCAGCCGAUGGACACUACGAUGUGCUCUUCAUCGGCACAGAUGUGGGCACGGUGCUGAAAGUCAUCUCAGUCCCCAAGGGCAGCCGACCUAACUCGGAAGGACUUCUCCUGGAAGAGCUGCAGGUGUUUGAGGACUCUGCUGCUAUCACCAGCAUGCAAAUCUCCUCGAAAAGGCACCAGCUCUACAUAGCAUCACCCAGCGCAGUGGCCCAGAUUGCUUUACAUCGCUGCCCUGCCCUAGGCCGCGCCUGCGCAGAAUGCUGCUUGGCCCGUGACCCCUACUGCGCCUGGGAUGGAUCAGCCUGCACACGCUUCCAGCCUACUGCCAAGAGGCGGUUCCGGAGGCAAGACAUAAGGAAUGGCAACCCCAGCACCCUGUGCUCUGGGGACCCCUCUCACUCUGUGCUGCUGGAGAGGAAGGUCUUAGGUGUGGAGAGGGGCAGCGCGUUUCUGGAGUGUGAGCCCCGCUCGCUCCAGGCGCAUGUGGAAUGGACCUUCCAUCGUGCAGGGGAGGCAGCUCACACCCAGGUGCUGGCUGAGGAGCGGGUAGAGCGCACUGCACGGGGGCUGCUGUUGCGGGGGCUGCGGCGCCAGGACUCUGGCGUGUAUCUGUGCGUCGCGGUUGAACAAGGCUUUUCACAACCACUGCGUCGCCUGGUGCUGCACGUGCUGAGUGCGGCACAGGCUGAACGACUGGCGAGGGCAGAGGAGGCAGCAGUUCCCGCACCACCAGGUCCUAAACUCUGGUACCGGGACUUCCUGCAGCUGGUGGAGCCAGGCGGUGGUGGAGGUGCAAACUCCCUGCGAAUGUGCCGCCCGCAGCCCGGGCCCCACUCUGUGGCAGCAGAUUCACGUCGUAAGGGUCGCAACAGGCGGAUGCAUGUCUCUGAGCUGCGUGCUGAACGUGGACCACGUAGCGCAGCUCACUGGUGACUCGGCUGUCCCCAUACUGGGGACCAGGCUGGAUAUGACACACCGAAGAGGGGGCAGAUAGAUGCCAGGAAGACAGAUGAGUUGUGGCUGGGGCACACUGAGAUCGUUGGGCCAACGGAGACAACUAACCCAUACAUGAACCCUGGCCCAAGUGUAGCUUAUUUAUUAACAAGAUAACCCGUGAAUGUAUUCCUGGAAGAGUGGCCCAAGCUCAAUUCAGGAUCUAACCUGGAGGGAGGGGACAAGAAGUGGGGCUCCAGAGUGGAGCGGAACCAGAGAGAUGUCUUGGGUGGCAGCCCUGGGGAAAGCAUUCUCUUUCUUGGGCAUCGAGGAGAAAGCUGUGAACAGAUUAGGCUGUCCAGUGUGGGGUGAGGCAGGCCAACUGUACUAAAGUAAUACAAUAAACACAUUAUCAGCUGA